GCUUGGGAUGCGCAUUUGAAGAGAGAAAAGAGCAUUAUUGUUGAUUUAUUCACUGGCCAGCUGCGUUCAGCUCUUACUUGCUCAAAAUGCCACGCUGUGUCGAGCAGGUUUGAUGCAUUCACAUGUUUACAGUUGCCCAUUCCAAUUGAUCACCUGCUUCUCAUCACAGUUGUUGUAGUGAAGCGUGAUGGGCAAAUCCCAGUGCGAUAUGCAUUUCGGCUGAGCUACGACACGAAAAUAGGAAUGUUCAAGAAAGAACUAUCGGCGUGCUGUGAAUUAUGUCCGAGUUCGUUCCGCAUCCUCUGUCUGAAUCGAUCGGGCCAAAUGAUGGUUUGUUUACUUCCUUUUUAG